AUGUCGUUGCUUUUCGCUGUGUGGACAUUGCUGUGCUGCAUCCUCCCGCUGGAAGCUACCAAGGAAGACUUACGUGCCUCGUUGGAUGAGGACAAUUGGUUCGAUGCUUCGCUCCACAAGGAGGAACUUGACUCUCUGAUGAGGGAUUACCAGGGUGUCAGAAAUCUAUGCUGCCUCGAUGUCUUUGGUUUCAGUGGGUCUAUGGCUAAACACUGGACAAAAAAAGGUUUCCCAGCCAUCCAGUAUGACAUAGCUUUGAACCCUAGAAGCGACGACCUCUUGGGCAAGAGGGGAUACCUGCACUUGACACGUUUGGGACUGAGAUUGGUGCAAGGAGCCAUGGUGAUCCUGGGGCCUCCGUGUGCCAUGAAUAUUUAUUUGAGCACUUCGGUACACAAGCGCCACAUCUUUGGGCCUGAAGGAGACACAUCAAACAAACGUGUAAGGAUGUCCAAUCUCCUGGCCUCCAACAUGGCAUGCUUCCUCGAACUCUUGUCGCGUCACCGGAGUUUCUGGUUCAUAGUGGAACAGCCUUCAUCAAGCUAUUUGUUCAAGAUGGAGUUCAUGCUCGCAUUGUCUGCGUUGUUGUUCUGCAAGAAGAUCCACACAUGGCUGGCCUUUUUUGGCCAUGACCUUCCAAAGCCGACACAUUUGGUAGGAACAUUGCCAGACAUGGGCACUCUAUGCAAGAAGAUGACGAAGGCUGACCGUGCGAAAUUCCGUGCACGACUGGAAAGGAGGCAGGCCAAGAGGAAGAUCCCAAGAAAGUACUACAUCAAGGAAAAGAAAGAUGGCGAGCAGAAAAAGAUGUCAGUGCAUGGCUGCAAAGACUUAGCCUUCAGUGCACAUUACCCCAGCGGCUUCGCACAUGCCAUUUUCAAGCUUUGGAUCACAGCGUUCCAAAAUCUUUAA